CAGUACUCUGUUGCUUCAAGCUUCGAGUGGAUUCGAUUCCGACUACGCCGAAGAAACCACCUGGCAUCACCGGUCACCCCGACCAAGCCUCGCUUUACCCAACUCCGCGCCGCCAGGCUUGCGCAAACCCAUCAGGAAACGAACGGUUCAUCCAAGUCCCCAGGCCUCCAAGCACAGAUAGACUACUCGCAAAGGCCACACCCCGCAUCAAGGGGCACCUCCCAAUCGAGCCAAACGAGUGUUCCUCGACCCAAGGGACCGAUCAUCCUUCCUGCCCCUCCCUCCACCGAUCAAGUGCCGUCACGGUACAGACAACGGGCACACCGAAACCUACCAUGCGAUAGCCCUCCAAUCACGAAAAAUGUCCUUCACGAAUGCGCCGGUGACGCGCACUCUCGUUCUUGGCUUGGUGACAAGCUCCAUCGCGGCCAGCCUGCUCGACGUCAAGCACUACUUUUACAUUGUCGUCGAUACCCAUCUCUGGCGGUAUCAUCAAAUAUGGCGCCUUCUGGCGUAUCAACUAUGUUGCACCAACUCGAGCGAGGUGCUUUUCGCCUCAAUGACACUCUACCACCUGAGGGUCAUAGAACAGAUAUGGGGCUCGAGAAAAUACGCGUCAUUCGUGGCUGUUUCCGCGCUAUUCACAGCAGUCGUGCCUCCUGUUCUCUUGUCCCUCGUUCUGCGCCCGCUGACAGUUGGCAUGUUUAACUACAUGCCGGCUGGACCAACCCCGAUUAUCUUUGCGAUACUGGCGCAGUAUCAUGCCGUGAUCCCACACAUUUACCGUUACCGCGUUGCGGCGUCGUCGGCACCACCUACAACCGACGAGUUUGUCGGACUGACAUUCUCAGACAAGUCAUACCGCUAUGCUCUCGCGUUGCAGCUGGCCCUCUUUCAAUGGCCGGGCUCGCUGCUUGGGGCCGCUAUUGGCUGGGUUGUGGGGUACUCGUGGAGGAACGACUUGCUGCCAGGAGCAGUGACAAAAUGGCGCCUUCCGGGAUGGAUGGUCGGCGUCAGAACACAAAGAAGACGGGGCGAGUUCGAAGGGCUUCGUCGGCGGCUGGAAGGGGAGGGCUCAUCCGCCACCACAUCUGGUGCGCAAGGCCAAGCUGACGGGGACGCUGGACGGAGGAGACCUACCGAACAGGGCAGGCGAGAGGACUGAGAUCAUACAAAUGUCGCAUAUCGAGGAUGUAGGCAAUGAUUCCUGUUCUAUCAAGUCGUCAAGCAGGCAUUUUGAAGUACAUUUUGUAUGCCAGUGGCCGUGAGGUAUUCGUAGGAUAGCGAACCUUCGAGAGUAUAUCUGCCUUCCGCGAUGGCUGAAUGGCAUGGGCAAUUGGACAAUUGACGGAUCCCUUCGGCAUGCUCAAUGUACCGAAUUGUACAGAGGAUCUGCCCAGAUAACCACCCGAUGAACCGUUCGCACAUCUAAGUGGCCCUGGUCUCUGGAGAUGCCGAUGACCAUUCUU